UUCCAGCUCGGAUCGUGAACAUUUCCGCAGCUGUGACGGUGAACGAAGGAAGCAAUGUGAAUUUGCUCUGCCUGGCAGUGGGGAAACCGGAACCGACGGUAAUUUGGCGACAGCUGAAAGAUGGAUUCACCAGUGAAGGAGAAUAUCUGGAAAUCUCAGAGAUCAACCGAGAACAAGCUGGGGAAUACGAGUGCGUUACGGCAAACGGGGUCUCAACACCAGACAGCAAACACGUCCUUAUCACAGUCAAUUAUCCUCCGCUGAUCACGGAUGUCAAAGAUUCCCACCCCUUGAUAGGAAAGACAGCCCUCUUGCGCUGCGAAGCCAUGGCUGUGCCCCCUGCGGAAUUUCAGUGGUUCAAAGACGACAAGCAAUUAAUUAGUGGCUCCGAUGGACUGCAGAUCCAGAACGAACGCACCCGCUCCAUAUUGCUCUUCACAAAUGUUACCGUUCGACAUUAUGGAAAUUACACCUGCCUGGCUUCGAACAGCCUGGGCUCCUACAAUGUCAGCUUACGGCUUAUCAGACCGGGUUCUCUGGACAAUGUAGCAGUGGCCAGGACAGAACCUCCUGUCCUUUUGGGUUUGCUGUCAUCUGUUUUUGUGACUCUGUUGUUUAAGAUUUAGGGCGCCAGGGAAAAGAUGCAGAACAAGGAAACGGAAACAGGUGAAAGGGAAAGAAUCCAAGAGAGGGGGAGAAAGAGAGAAGGAAGACAUCUCUACUUUCUGGAGAGAAAAAAAAAAUGAAGAAAGAAAGAGGGAGAGAGAAAUGAAAUUUAUCAAGAACCCAUCACUGUGAGGGAUAGAAGAAAGCAAAACAAAACAACGACAAAAAAAAUAUAUGCAUUUGUUUCUACCGCCAUUUCUCUUCACACUUCAUCUCAGACACUUUCGGUUGAACUACUUGUGGUUUAACACAACUGCAAAAGACACAGGGCUCUAACAGUGGAUGGCAACGCAACAGUCCCCCUUCUCCUCAAGCUCUGUGGUUUAAUAGAGAGAUCUCCUCCUCUUCCUUGGGCCAGUUGGCCUUCUGAAUGCACGGAACCUGGAAUGUUGAUUCCACAAAGGGUUGUUUGAUUGUUAUCGCUAUUAUUAUGAUUAUUAAUUUUCUUUGGGGUUGUCCUUGGGGAUUUUUUUUUUGUUUUAUUUUGUUUUGGUCUUCUUUUUUUCUGGUGGACAUUUCUCACCAGGAGGCUACAUUUGAGAGGUUCCUCUUUUGUGUUGUUAUUUACUAGGUUGAGAAUCUUGACAUUCAUUUAACCAGGUUAUUUCAGGUGGUGUGGUCCAGUUUAGCAGCCAAGGACCAGGCAGAGGCUCAAUAAUUUCAGUAGGCCUCGUAGCCUGGGCUUCGAAGCUCUCCUUGUCCAGUGUCUUCACGAGAAACAUUGGCAUCAAGUUCAACUCACUGCAUGAAAGCGGUCCAACGUUCUGCCCUUGGGAUGCAUCUCAGUGACCCUCAACAUCCUCUCUGCUGCCAUCCCAGCGUCUUUGGAAGAAGGAUGAAAGAAAUCUGAAUUUUUCAGGCAUGGCAUUUAAGCUAUCGGGGUAAGAAGGACUUCUGCCAAUGAUUACUAGAGGUAACUUUCUGUUGUCAAGAGACAAAGACUACAAAAUAGGAACCAAUGGUCUGGCUGUUUGAUCAUCCUGGAAAUUUCCUUGCUUUUUAUCUUUGGGGUGGGUGGGUCUAUUAUUCGCUGGAAAACCGUGGCUUGGAACAUCUGCCAGCUGUUUAAUUCGCUUCUGUUUUCCUUUCUUUCCUUUUGCACUUUUCACAAAACCCUUUUCCCUACCCCCCCGACGUGUCAUGUUGCUCCUUCACACAACCGGCUGGCUUAAUGGUUUCUCUCUUGGUGGUCAACUUCUUAACGCAACAACCAUGCCCUGAAAAGUUUUUCCUUAUUUCUGUCUCUGUUCCGAUUUUUUAAAAUUUUUUAUUUUCAUGUCCUUGAGAAGGUUCUUUUUAUCGAUUGCACUUUGGAACAUGGGAUCACAGGUGUGCUUAUUCAGUACUUCUGCAUUUUGCAAACAACUGGGGGGGUGGGGUGUACGGUAGAGUGUAGAAAUCGGUAUCUAGAGAUAGCGCAUGCAAAAAUUUAAAUGCUCAUCAUCCUAAUGGCAAAGGUAAACUUAAGAGUGUGUCCACAGAUCUUCUGCUAACAUAACAAGCCCAAACACCUUUCUUAUCAUGAUAGAUUAUUUAUACUUAUCAUGGUAGGUUUAUAAAGUUACAGCGUUAAGGUUGAUAAUGGCUGUAUUCAUGCUGUCUCUUUAACCAGAUUGUUGAAUUUAUGCAUAUUCUGAUAUUGCACAAUAUAUCAAACCCUAAACAUAUCCUAAUGGCCUGGUUUCACACAAGAUCUAAAAGAUAUAGCCAGGCCUGAAACUCGAGAAGCAUAGCAUGCUGUGUGAAUGUAGACAAUAGGUCCUUAUCAAACUUGGUUAAAUAUGUCGUGUGAAUACAGCCAACAUGUUGCCUUCCCCAUGAGAAGAUGGUUGGAAGUGGGAGAUAUCUAUGUGUGGCAACUGUGCUUAUCCUACUUUUGCAUCUGGAUAUAGUUUGACAGGUUUCUGCCUUUAGAGAUUGACAUUCCCGGUAACAGAAGACAAAUGCUUGCUGCUAAAAACUAGAGUAAGAUGCAUGAGACAAGGUAUGUCAAGCAAAGAUGGAAUUUCUUCCAUAAAUCUUUUUAGUAUUGCUUUCUUCUGGCGCGCCGUUCACACAACGUAGGUAGCCUAGUUAUAGCAUUUAUCCAUUUUCUGGGUUUACACUGCAGGUGAACCAAGGGGACUGGGUUCAUGCAGUGGGCCCAAUUAUUUAUUCAACAAACAAACCAACAAACCACUAAACACGGUUAAACAUUACCAAAAUUGACAUGUUGUGUGAAUACUGUCCACCAGAUGUGUAAACUGAGCUAGUUUUGAGUGUUGGGUGGAGCCAGGCACGAAACUCUUGUGCUAAAUUUCUCUCUGUGUAUGUGGAAAGGAAUGGCCUAUCUCCACAUGGGAAGAAAACGAGGUAGGGAAAUUCUUCCCACAAGUAUGAAACUCUAAGAGGCAGGCAAGUUUGGGAAGAAGUAGAAAAGUUUCACUUGAGGUCUUUCUGUGCUGGAUGAGUGGAUAUUUCUCACCCUGGACCCCUUUCAAACUUGUGAGUUUCAACUUGCUAGCUGGGGAAUUCUGGGAGUUGAAAUCUACCAUCCGAAAGGGGCCAAGGUUGAGAAUUAACUGCUUUACAGGCCAGCUCUGUCGAUAGGCCAACAUUUCUCUGUAUCCCGGAGGAAUUUUACGUCUAAAUCGAACGAAUUAAAUUCCCCACCUCUUCCAGUUCUGUCAUCGGAAACUGUUAUUUUUCUUCAACACCAUACUAUACGCCCUCCUACCAUAGCACAAGUAGUAGAAGAGCAUCAUUUCUGAAUUUGCUAGGAGGGUAAAAAUGCACCAGGAAUGACUGAUUCAAUUAUCUUUGCAUCUUUUUAAAUAUAUAUAUAUAUAGGAAUUUAUAUAUUAGGAAUUUUUUUCAUACCAUAAAAGACAAAUUUAAAA